GUCGCCGCCAGCUCGAGGGAGCUCGAGUAGGCUCGAGUGUACGCAAACCUCAUUCCUGUUGCGCGGCAUAGAACAUAAGACUCCGACCCACACUUGCUGUACCAGCUACAUAAUCUCUACCUUGGGCUACUACCGACAUACACGGGACUGCGGCUUGCCUGACUAACGGUGUCGCGGACCCAGUCACACUAGUAGUGGUGAGCAAGUCAGAGAACUUACGACCUAUGCGGGAUUACUGUCACUUACACUAUACCAGCUCAGUGAAGCCUGAGUCAUGGACAGAGAGAGCGCACAAAACAAUGUCGCCUACGCGCUGCUAGACGGCCACAGCUGUGCAGCCCGCAACCCUCGCACCACCGUCAAUGACCUCCCACCCGACGUUCUUUUGAUCAUCCUUCGCGAUGUAUUCAGGGAUGCACUGCAAGAAUUCAGACGGAGGGGGAAAUUGAGCCGGGCAACCGCGCAGUUCGUUCCCCGAUCUCCAUUUGAUGAUUUCGUUACCGACUCUUCGAGGUGCUCGGCAGAGCACCUCGCUUCCGUCUGUCCUCAGUGGCGUGAAGCUAUGUCGAGCAGUUCGAUCUUCUGGGCACAAAUCGUUGUCUGGACUGGAGCGAAUCCGACACCGCUCACAAAGAUUCGUCAAUACCUCGCUUGGUCGCGCGAACAACCUCUCCAUAUCUACGUCAUACGGAGGUUCAGUCCGUCGCUGGAAGACCGAACGGAGAAAGCUCAUGUCAAGGCCAUUGUCGAGCUGCUCUUGCCACACGUCCAGCGGUUGAAGGUCUUGUGCAUGAAGCUCCUUCACUCCAGCUCCCUUCCGCUUCCCCGUGCAUUCAUCACGCCUGUGCUCGAAGAACUUUCCAUGGGUGGUGUCCACUUCCUCGAAGCGUACCUGGACGCUCUCCUCCGGUCGCCGAUUCUACCCAUGCUUACCCACCUCUUUCUCACGGGCUACGCCUCUCACCACCGACCUAUACCCCUUAUCGACCUACUGCAGUGUCUUGUGCUCUGUCAACACAUAGAAGUAGUCCGCUUCACCAGCCUCCAGCUCGAUGCCUCUCAUACCGACCGAUCCUUGCUGCAGUCUCACGACUGGGGUGCCGACGCGCACUUCACCGACAUGUCCGGAGACGUCAUCGCGGAGUUUCACCGUCUCCUUUACUACCCCUGGGGCGAGGUGCUGUCGUACACGCGCUGCUCGAUGCCUUCUCGCAGUGUAUCCCUCGUUCACGAUAGCCCUCUGGGCCAGUCGUACUACCUCAACCUCAACGAGAUCGAGGACCCGGAAGCGCUGUUCCACUUCCUCGUUCCUUGCGCCGAGAUGAGCAUCUGUGACUCCGAUGGCCUCCAGCCGGAGGUGCUCCGUGCACUUGCAGGGCCAAUAUACACGGAUCGCGGCGAUGACGUGUGGUUGUGCCCUGACCUCAGCGGGCUGCAUGUCUCUGGGUGUAGACACGUCUCCAGCGCGGACUUACGGGCAGUUCUUGAAGCUCGCCUCGAAGCGCACUCGGCGACGGGAUUUGCAGGGCAGGAUGACGAUGGGUAUGUGGUGAGGUCGGUGACUGACCUUUCUGUACGUGAUUGUGGCAAGCUGGCUCCAGAGGACAAGGUGUGGUUCGACAAGAAUGUGGAAUCAGUGCACUGGGACUACUGGACAGGAGGUACGCGGCGACAUCACUUUAUGAUCCAGAUGACGGGGAAUCUCUGAUGUUGAACGUGUAUUAAUAACCCUCAAAUGUGCACACCGAUUGCGCCUUCCACUACCGGGUCCUCGAGAGCAGUGAAUUUUGAACUGUGCGCGUCUCCAUUAACGUAAUAAUGACUUACAAGUUGGUGAGUCCAACACUGAUGGGCUCUUUGGCAAAGAGCUGUUCAGUGUUGGCCCAGUGUUGGCUAUCAUUAUUGUCUACAGCAAGAAUACCGCAAGACGAGUGGCGCUGUAGCAGCCAUGCCAGCACAACUGCAACGUCACAACGAAAGAUGCAUCGACGAUAUCACACGAUCGAAGCAGGACGCUGUACGUACAGAAGUUGAUGAAUCGAUAAUGGUCAAUUUGGACCACGCGGC